AUGGACAUCGAAGAACGCGAAGCAUUAAAAACGUAUCUACUCAAUUUACGGCACGAAAUAGUACAGUUAGUAGUAGCUAGCGAUCCAAAAAACCUGAACCACGCCCAACAAUUAGCAGCCAACAAAGAACAAUGGUUACGAAAAUCAAAUCGUGUUGUUUACCGUCAGAAUCAGUCAAAGAAUCAAUCUAAUAACACUUCGCCCGUAUUUAAACGAAGUGCUACAGAUCUACAACCACGAGGUUUUAACCAACCGUCAGAUAAAAAAAUCCCACCGCGAGUAUACCAAACAGCAGAUCCAGAGGAGACAUUCCAAGAGUCAACUGUACCACCAUCGGAAAAUUAUUAUCAAUACUAUUGCGACGAAAAGACGGAAGAAGAGUCAGAUAUCUCAUUGAUGCCGGAGCAGGAAUAA